CCUCUAUUUUGCGCAUGUACGGGCAGAUAAUCCAUUGAGCAACUCAACAAGAUGGCGAAAGCAAGGCUGGCAGGAUUUGCGAUCCUCUUCUCUGCACACUGCUGUAGCAUGGUGCUCGCAGUGACACUGAAAAGUGCCAAUGAGAACCCUGUGGUUAAAGAGUUUGACCGGGCUGAGCUGUCCUGCUUGAUACACUCAAUUUCCACUGCAAAUCCCAGAAUUGAAUGGAAAAAGAUCCACAGUGAGGGACCGAGCUACGUUUAUUUUCAAAACAAAAUUUCAGGAGAUCUGGAAAACAGGGCCUUUUUGUUAAAACCUGCAACUUUAGUGAUAACCAAUGCAACCCGGUCAGACACUGCAAAAUACCGAUGUGAAGUGACAGCUGCCAAUGAUCAGAAAUCAUUUGAUGAAAUUUUAAUCAAUCUUGUAGUACAAGUGAAGCCUGUAGCACCCACCUGUACCGUGCCCAAGUCUGUGCCCGUGGGGAAGUCGGCUGAGCUGAAGUGUUCUGAAAGCGAGGGAUAUCCGCGACCUCAGUACCAGUGGUUCCGCAACAGGGAGGAAAUUCCCGAAGACCCCAAGAGCAGCCCCCGAUACGUCAACUCCUCCUACACCCUGAACUUAGGAAGCGGAACACUGAAAUUCAGUGCUGUAAGGAAGGAGGAUGCAGGGGAGUAUUUCUGCAGAGCCAAGAACCAAGCAGGAGAGGCACAGUGUGGCCCACAGAUGAUGGAAGUCUAUGACUUAAACAUCACAGGGAUCAUCCUGGGAGUACUGGUGGUAGUGGUGGUUCUUGUGUGCAUAACAGUAGGCAUCUGUUGCGCAUAUAAAAGAGGUUACUUAGUCAGCAAGAAGCAGACAGGAAACAACUAUAAAACACCUGCGAAAGGUGAUGGGGUGGAUUAUGUCAGAACAGAUGAAGAGGGAGACUUCCGGCACAAAUCGUCCUUUGUCAUUUGAUGUCGCUGCGGUGAGAAGGAGGAAGAAACGCUCAGAUAGGCAAAUACCUCCUCUGAUGAACGUCUUGGCUUGGGAGGCGACGAACAAACUGCCUGGGGAGGCCCCUUCUACAAGAGGAACAUCUGCAGCGAAAAGACUUGACUUUGCCAAAGGUGACAACAGUUCUCACACAGCAGAUUAACAGCAAACCAACCUUGUUUUUCGCAUUCACUGUAACAGCCAGCCUCAGCGAUGAGCACUUGCCAUGAUUUUUUCUGUUAAAUCUGAAAGUCUCAGCAAAACCAGAUACAUGCUUUGUCAUGAUAUUUUGUAGUCGCGGCACAGGUAGAGGAAAUAUAGGAUGUUGUUGAAGCAUGGCUCAUUUCAGUGGCCCUGUUAUUGCGUGUUGUGAGAGACGAAGCUAAGAUUUGUGUUUGUUUCAAAGCAAGAGGAUGGUGCCGCGGUUCAGGAAGUCAACGCUGUUUCCUUCCAAUUUUGCAGGUCAGCUUUUAGUCUAUUAGAACAGCUUUGGACUUAGUCAACAUGGCGUUUCUACCGAAAACACCCUUCUCAAAACCAAUUGUUGUCAUUUCUACAGUAUAAUGUACCAUUUUUUUGUACCAACAAAUUUUGUCAAACUAUUUUUGAUGGAAUAUAUUUUGAAAUGCCUAUAGAUAAAGGUUUACUUUUUUAAUAUUUGUAAAAUACUAACAUUGAAGCCAAUAUUUUUGUUUUUGUUAAAUUUUACUUGUUUGGUUUUAACAAAUGUAGUUAACAUUUAUAACCACACAGUAUUCUACACACUAGUAAAGUGCAUUAGAGUUAGACUGUAUGGAAGUAAUUAUAACUAGGUGGAUGUUCUUUAUUAAAAAAUGCUGCAGCAUAUCAAGGUAUUGUUUGUUUUUGAACAACUGUCUUACACUAUUUUUAAACUGCUGGGAUUUAAAUAAUGUUAAUAUGAAGGACUAGUAAGAAGUGUAAUUUUGUAGAUAGUCUUAUGGACAGUAGAAUUUAUAAGGCACCAGUUCUACGCUGGUGAACACUGCCAAGGAGUGCAGUAUACUCUUAAUUUCAAGUGACCUUCUAUGCUUUUUUUCUGUAAAUAUUGAAUAUACAGGCCCAAGUUGGCUUUUAUUUUUAGUUUUAAGUUAAAGAUGAUAUUUCAGUAUUAAGAACACAUCCAAAAACCUGAGCAGAAUAAUAAAAUGUUUUUUUUUUUAUUGUGCACGUUAAUAAGUAUUUUACUGGGUGUAUAUAUACAGUGUGUAAGAAGCUAUGAAGAUGGCAUGAUAGUGAUUAAUAGCAGCAGCAGUUUAGCACAAAGGCAAGUCACAAUGAGCUGGCAUGUAAAGGAUAAGCCAAUGGAGUUUUUGACAACAGACUGACUGCAUUGUGCUGUCCACAUUAUGACAGCUUAACCCUUUGGAGACAUUUUCCCUUACAAAUUGUGGGAGGUUUUAACUCGAGAACACGGCCUGUGGUUUGUGGAAAAGGGUGUCCUGUAUCGGAUAAAAUUGGAAGCCAAAAAAAUAAUUGAAGUCUGAGCUGUGCUGCUCUGCAUGCAUUACUGUAGAACUAGGCUCUUUAACAGUAAAAUGAGUCGUCGUUUCAGAACAGGGUGGAUUUAAUAUGUUUUGCAAAAAAUAGGAUUUAGUUUGGUGGCUUGGAUUUAAGGGGGUUCAAAUGUCACUGUGCUUUUCCAGAUUUUGUACAGCAUUAGAAAUGGUUCACAAAUAUCACAAACAUAUAAGAUUCCAUGCCUGAAAGAGUUAAAAAAAAAUUAGGUAUUCACAAUCAGUAGUUCUUUGUGAUUUGCCUUAGCUGAGUGCAUUGUGUGGCAUGCAAGAACUUUAAAAUGUAUUUCACACUUAGAUUUGGACUCUUGAUUUUUACAUUUCAUUUAGUUGUUCUAAAAAACACCUUUCUUUCUUAAUGCAUUUUUUGUUCUUUUGUCAUCGAGGAAAUACAAAGGGCAGAAAAAAAGGCUUUUCAAUAUCUGUAAAUUGCAAGGAAACAUUUAGUUCUUACCAUUUUAAAGACUACCUUUUGUAAAACUGCCUUUUCCAUUGUAUACCCAAUUACUUUGUUCUGAAGUUACUUUCAUAAGCAUUAUACUGUAUUAUAGCUGAAGUAAUGUUUUGUAUACACUGUAGCAGUGGAUGUUCUGGACAAAGUAUAGUUGUAGAAUUCACUCAUUCCUCUCAAAGUGCCUUUCAUUGCUCCAGAUUCACAUUUAAUUGAAACAAAUUCAUGUUUGAGGAAGAUAUCUAGUCAAUUAAAGUGAAGAUUGAUGUUUUUAAUAAGGCGCUAUAGAAGUAUACUUUCCAAUCAUCUCUAAAGCUUAGGAGACAUUAUAUAAAUUAAUGGAGCACUAACUGUGCUUUCAUUUGUACUUACUGUACUGUAUGUCCAGGUUACUGACUUUAUUGUAAAAUUCAUUUCAAAAAGUCCAGACUACAGAUUUGAUAGAGUUCAUGAAGAAAUAUGCAACGUCGCCUUGGGAAUAAAGCCAAAAUCUUUACCACAAAAUUCAGUUAAGCUCAUAAUAAGGUUACGUAGGUUUUUGAGAGGAAUGACCACUUAAAAUUCAGACAUUUCCACUAAAUAGCCAAGCAGUGACCAUAAUGUUGUGCUGGAGAAAUCGUCACUUUAUAUUCUUUGCUACCCACAAAAGGUGCAACAUAUCUCAUGGCCAUUUUUGUAAAUAAUUCAAUUUUCCAUCAUUUUUACAGAAUUUAAUAAAUUGUACUCAUUUUUCCAUGGAGGAAA